CGCCCGUCCGUCCGGGAAGACGUUGAUGAAAGCGCCCCACCGCCCGUUCGGAGCGCCCUUUCCGCCGCACUUCAGUUUAACGUUAUCCCUUCCACCUUGAGAGAGGCCGUCUCCUCCUCUUUUGACUUGUGCAGUCACUUGUCACUUCAGGGUCCCACGAAGAAGAGCCUUCUUUCGAUAGGUGACUCCUGUUCAAAAACCCUUUGUCUACAUCUGCACUUUUGCCUUUUUUUAUCUCAUAAUGGCACUAAGAGGACCAGGCGUUUUUGACGUUAGGUAAAAAAGAGCGACCAAUUCGAGGACGGACGAGAAAGGGCAGAGUACUGUUUCAAUUAUUUCUGUUUGCGUGCACUCCCAUAUUUAUUCCAAAUGCCCAUCAUGUGUGAUAACCGUGCUCAGGCCGGACUAUUUAUUUAUUCUUCGUUACUCAUAAGUGUGACAGUGUGGCUCGUAUGCUUCAUUGGCAAUGCCUCGGCCUUCAACAUCAUCACCCCUUACGUGACUCGAGGAGGAGGUGAACGAGGAGGCUCCUUCGCUAAUCACCACGCCGUGCCCUACGUGACGAGCAGCAAUCACCACACCACGUUCAUAGGACACCCUCCCUUCUUCCCCCUCGUCAGCAGCGGCGGCGGCGGCGGCGGACACUUCCUCAGACCGCUUCCCUUCGCUCCUAACAACGGAACAGCAGCAGGAGCGGUAGCAUCCAUUGUGCCUUGGUGGCAUCCCCAACAGGAAAUCACGUCGAUCAACGUCGGCGGCGUCAAAAUUGACAUUGAGACGAAGGUCAACGGGAAGCCGGUUACCUCUCCAGUAGCUGUCGUCUCUCCCGGCGCCGGAUCUAAAGGUUCGGCAGGGCAGUGUUGCCCGACGUGUGGCACUCUGUACACGAGUGGGCGGUCGGACCUCUGGCGGUUCUACCCCUCCUCCAGGGUGCCAGUCACUAUUUGGCCCGAAUCAACGUUCCAGUACAGGCUCUUUGAUGUGUUUGUCGAAGAGAGAGGUAGUCUGAACGCUCCGAAUUACGCGAUUUACUUCAGAAACGAAAAUGGGCCCAUUUCUCCCUUCCACGACAUUCCUCUUUUCGCCAACGAAGGCAACAAGAUCUUCAACAUGGUGGUGGAGGUGCCCCGGUGGACCAAUGCUAAAAUGGAGAUAGCAACAAAGGACCCUCUCAAUCCUAUCAAACAAGAUGUUAAAAAAGGAAAACUUAGAUAUGUGGCCAAUGUAUUCCCUCACCAUGGCUACAUUUGGAACUAUGGAGCCCUUCCUCAGACUUGGGAAGAUCCAAGCCACCAAGAUGAAGCCACUGGUUGUAAAGGUGACAACGACCCUAUUGAUGUUUGUGAGAUUGGCUAUCGUGUAGCCAAAAGAGGUGAAGUUAUUCAGGUCAAGAUUCUUGGAACUAUAGCACUUAUUGAUGAAGGGGAGACUGAUUGGAAAUUGAUUGCUAUUGAUGUCAAUGAUCCUUUGGCACCCCAGUUAAGUGAUAUCUCUGAUGUUGAGCAGCACAUGCCAGGAUUCUUGAAAGCAACAGUGGAAUGGUUCAAGAUUUAUAAAAUUCCUGAUGGCAAACCAGAGAACCAGUUUGCUUUCGAUGGGAUGGCAAAGGAUCGGGAAUUUGCUCACAAGAUAAUAAUGGAGACUCAUGAGGCUUGGCAAAACUUAGUGGAAGGUACUGCCGAUGCUGGCGGAUUGGAUAACACCUGUGUCCUUAUUCCUAAUGCAGCAAACAAGAUGAACACAGACGAAGCAGAGCAAGUUGUUAGUCAGGCUGCUGAGCCAGCUUCAGCUACACCCGUGGAUCCUAAAGUUGAUCUGUGGCAUUAUGUGAGCCUGAAGUGAUUAAGGGUGCCAUAUCUCGUCUGUGAAGGCAUGCCAAGCGUCUAUUACCUUGACUGGAUAUGCAAGGCAUCUACAACUAGGUUUUGCUCCAUUUUAAAGAGAAGUCUUUUGGUUUCAUUUGACGACUGUGAAAACUACAUUUAAAUUGGCCAAAAUGUUUGUUGAAUUUUGAACAAAGCAAGUAAUACUCUUAUUUAUUUCACAUCACAUCAAAUGUCAUCAUAUCAUUACUGAAAAAGUAUGUUCUUAUAUUUAAUGAUGUAAUUACUAAGGCUGAAUUUUAUUAAUAAAGAGAUAUGAAUUA